AUGGCUGCCCCCGUAACAAUAGCUCGCCCUACCGGCGAAACUCUUCGUGGCAAACAGAAAGAGAAGGAUGUUCGUAUGUCCAACAUUAUUGCUGCCAAAGCUAUCGCCAAUGCGAUUCGCACGAGUCUUGGUCCACGUGGAAUGGACAAAAUGAUCCAACAGGGAAAAGGAGAGGUAAUCAUUUCUAACGAUGGUGCCACAAUCUUAAGCCAGAUGCAAGUGUACCAUCCUACGGCCAAGAUGCUUGUGGACCUUUCCAAGUCUCAAGAUAUUGAGGCUGGUGAUGGCACUACGAGUGUUUGUGUCAUUGCUGGUGCAUUACUGAGUGCUUGUGAGGACCUUCUGCUUAAAGGUAUUCAUCCGACUAACAUAUCGGAGGCUUUCGGUCUUGCUGCUGUCAAAGCUGAGGAAAUACUUACUGAGAUGGCCAAGCCUGUGGAGCUUGCCAACCGCGAGGAGCUUAUUAACUGUGUGAAUACCUCACUAUCCUCCAAGGUCAUCUCGGAGUACGCUGAUCGUCUUUCCCCCAUUGCAGUUGAUGCUGUGCUCAAGGUCAUUGACAUAACCACCGCCACGAACGUGGAUCUUAACACUGUGCGCGUGGUUAAACAACUUGGUGGUACUAUUGAUGAUUCAGAACUUGUUGAAGGAUUAGUGUUUAGUAAAGGAUUCGAUAAAACCGCUUCAACAACCGCUCCAACGACCAUAGAAAACGCCAAAAUUGCACUGAUUCAAUUUUGCCUUUCAGCACCCAAGGCAGAUAUGGAAAGCAAUGUAGUGAUCAACGAUUAUGCUGCUAUGGACCGUAUUCUACGUGAAGAGCGCAAUAUUCUUCGUGACGCCACGAACGACUUGUCGCUGCAUUUUCUGGCCAAAAUGGGCAUUCGAGUGAUCACGGAUGUUGAACGCAAUGAUAUUGAGCACAUUGCUACUACUUUGAACUGUCUUCCUGUAGCAAACAUUGAGUAUUUGACUCCUGAGAAGCUUGGUACUGCUGGUUUAGUACACGAAGAGACUGUGGGUGGUCACAAGGUUGUAAAGAUUACGGAAAUUUUCAAUGCAGGAAAGACUGUAUCGAUUCUUGUUCGUGGCUCGAAUAAACUCGUACUGGAAGAAGCGGAUCGCUCGCUACACGACGCACUUUGUGUUGUACGCUCCCUUGUGAAGAAGCGGUUCCUCAUUUGUGGUGGUGGUGCGCCUGAAAUUCAGGUGGCACAAAAGUUAGCUGUGUAUGGACGCUCAUUGGAAGGCACAGCGAGCUAUUGUCUUCAAGCAUUUGCAGAUGCAAUGGAAAUUGUGCCGUUUACACUUGCAGAGAAUGCAGGAUUGCACCCAAUUGCCAUCGUCACGGAGCUGCGUGCGAAACAUGCACAGGGUCAAACGAGCAUGGGCAUUAACGUUCUCAAAGGGUCGACCAGUGACAUGUAUGAACUCAAUGUGCUGCAGCCAUUGUUGGUCAACACAAGUCAAAUUUCGUUGGCUACGGAGUGUGUGCGCAUGAUCCUUAAGAUUGACGACAUUGUAAUGGUCCGGUAA